AUGAAUUAGCAACAAUACAAUGAAAUGUUUACAGCAUUCUAAACCAACAAGAUUUUGGUAGAACAAUUCGAUAUAUACCUCAAGUAAAAAGUAUUACUAUUGAUUUUUAUGAAGUGUGGUCAUUUUUAUGAUGAGCAUUUAUUUCAACAAUUGAUUGAGUUAUCUUUAAAUAAUGGUGUCAUAGAUUUAGAGUGUUUUAUUAAUUAAUACAAUGAGACAGUCGAUACUCUAUAAUAUCGUUCAGAAAUAUUAAAUAAUAAGAUUAAAGAAUUAAGAAUAUUGCAUUAGCAAUUGAGUGAUUAGUUAAAUUCGAAUGCCUUGUAACAGAACUCCUUAACACUUUAAAUUAUGGAUUGUCAAAACAUCGAAACUAGAGAUCCCAGCGUUUAUUUGUAAAUCUGUUGCGGACCAAAAACACACAAGACAAGAACAAUGAAAGGAGUAAGUCCAUAAUUCCAAGAAUAAUUUGAAUUCCCCAUUGAUUCUGGUUGUUAGGAUGUUAUAAUAACACUUUUUGAUAGCAUGAAUGACAAUAUGAUUGGUUACACUCAAUUUUUGAUUUCUGAGCUGAGAGAAUAAAAACUAAAAGACAUUAGUGUAAAUUUAUAGAGAUAAGAUAAUAUGAAAAUCAAAACUAAAUUGCAUGUGAUUUUAAAGUUUAAUCAUUCAAAAGAAAGCCUAUACAAAUAAGAGCAAUAAAAACUAAAUCACGAAAUAAACCAGAAUACUUUAGAAGUCAAAGAAACAUAAUAGGCCUUAAAUUGUCUUGCUAAGGUUUUUAGUGGUGGAUGUAUCAAAAUAAGACAAUUGCCUCCAAUAUUGGAAAUUAAAGAAUUUGAAUUGAAAUGUUUGGAUACAUUAAAUGAUGCAUUGUAAGAAAGAAUAUAAGAUUGGGUACCGUUAUUUUACAAAUUAACUGGACUGGUUGUUGCGUUAUCGGUGAUGAUUAGUUUAUAUAGAUGCUAAUUCUUGGAAUUAACAAUAUUAGCAGUUUUGAUGUAACUAUUAAUUUUGAGAGAAAUUAACCAAAAAUGGAUGAGAAUAUUCACAUAUUUAAAUGCUGUCUUAUUCCUUUAUGAUUUACUCUGGAUUUAUUUAUGCGGAGGAAGUAACGGCAUAACCAAAGGAGAAUAACACAUUAACAAAUUUGUCACAGCACUAACUUAUGUUGAACUUUUAGCUAAAAUUCCAUUCACUAUAGUUUUGUGGAAACAUUCAGUAGAGUUUGAAUAGUUUUUAUCAUAUUUUAUAUGA